CAGAGGAACCGAUCUUUGAUCCCAUUGCCGAGGAGUGUUCUUUCUCCGACAGUAAACCAGAGAGCAAACAAGCGAGCGAGAUGGGUUUCUCCUCGUUUCUUGGAAGGGUUCUCUUCGCUUCGCUCUUCAUCCUCUCUGCUUGGCAAAUGUUCAACGACUUUGGGGUUGACGGUGGGCCUGCAGCUAAAGAGUUGGCUCCAAAGCUUCGUCUGGCCAAGGCCCAUCUAUCUUUCAAAUUAGGGAUUGACUUGCCUGAUAUUGAGGUGAAACAAGUAGUGGCUACUAUUGUUGCCCUGAAAGGACUUGGAGGCUUACUCUUUGUUUUCGGCAGCGUCUUUGGGGCUUAUCUUCUGGUCUUCUACUUGGUGGCUGUCAGUCCUAUUCUAUAUGACUUCUACAACUACGGGGCUGAGGAUCGCCAAUUCUCUCUUCUCUUCACCGAGUUCUUGCAGAGUGUUGCACUCCUUGGGGCAUUGCUUUUGUUUGUCGGAAUGAAGAACACAACAACCACCUCCAAGAGGGAUCUGAGGAAGAAGACUCCUAAACCGAAAGCCGCCUAGAUAUGUUUUUUUCUCCCAAAGAACUCCCACAGCCUUGGAGCUGUACCUUGAAUUCUCAAGAAAAAAGUUUCUUCUUUUUGUCAGUGACAUUAAUAGGAUUCUAGAUUAGUUCAAGUAUAUCAUUCAUGAUUUCUCUUUAGUUUAAUUGUUUUGGGAUAUUGAGGAGUUUUGAAUUUCUGGGUUUCGCGGUUCCUUGAUCCAAUUUCCCUUUCUUUAGGAUCUUGACAUCUACAUUGUUACGAUGGUAAAUCAAGGGAAUCUGAAGCA